AUGGGUCACGCAGCUGGUCUCCGCGCGGGUACGCGCUAUGCCUUCUCGAGGGACUUCAAGAAGAAGGGAAUGAUCCCUCUCUCGACCUACCUCCGCCAGUACAAGGUCGGUGACAUCGUGGACGUCGUCGCCAACGGUGCCGUUCAGAAGGGUAUGCCCUACAAGGUCUACCACGGAAAGACUGGUGUCAUCUACAACGUCACCAAGUCCGCUGUUGGUGUCAUCCUCUACAAGCAGGUCGGCAACCGAUACAUGGAGAAGCGCAUCAACGUCCGCAUCGAGCACGUCCGUCUCUCCCGCUCCCGUGAGGACUUCCUCAGGCGUGUGAAGGAGAACUACGCAAAGACCCAGAAGGCCAAGGCCGAGGGUGUCCACCAGCACUUGAAGCGCCAGCCCGCCGCACCCCGCGACUCCAGGGUCGUCAGCUUCUCUGACAACGUUCCCGAGAGCAUCGCCCCUAUUGCGUACGAGACAACGAUCUAA